ACUGGCGGCGGCCAAAAUGUCGUUGACUUCGCAAUUGGUUGCGAAUUUGAAACGCUUUCGCCUGGUGACCUUCGACGUGACGGACACGCUGCUCCGCCUGGAGGAUCCCCUCCGGCAGUACCAUCGAACGGCGGAGGAGUUCGGGGUCACCGGGGUGGAUCGCCGAAGGCUGGAGCAAUGCUUUCGCCAGCAGUUCAAGGCGAUGAGCAGCGAGCAUCCCAACUUUGGCCGCUUCUCGCCGGGAUUGGACUGGCAGCAGUGGUGGCUCCAGCUGGUGACCCGUACCUUUGGCUGUGUGGACCAGGGUCUGUCGCCCGAGAAGCUGGAGAGGAUUGGCCAUCGGCUAAUAGACAUUUUUCGCACCAGCGCCGGCUGGCAUCAUGUCGAUGGCGCCCAGGAACUGGUGCAGUGCGUCCGCAAUGCCGGCAAAUGUGUUGGCGUCAUCUCCAACUUUGACCCUUCGCUGCCACAAGUCCUUGAUGCCAUGGGCUUUGCCAGCAAGUUCGAUUUCAUACUGACUUCCUACGAGGCCGGUGUCAUGAAGCCCGAUCCGGGAAUCUUUGAAAUCCCCUUGAAAAGAUUGCAAAUCCCAGCGGAUCAAGCCCUGCACAUCGGCAACAAACUGGACUUUGACUACGAAGGUGCUCGGAACUGCGGCUGGAGCGGAUUGCUGGUGAAUGACGGUGGUAACCAGCACUCCUUUGCCAGUUUGUCCCAUCUUCUGGGGGCCCUGAAAACCCAACCGAUCCAAUGGUGAUCCACCAAAGAAACUCGACUCGGGAACACAGUGUUCUUCGAUUAGCUCAUGGCUGUAGUUAUUUUGUAGAUUUCUUUAAGAUUAAGAAACAGAACAGGGUGUAAAACUAGUGUUAAAUACAAAUACGCGUUGGCCUAGUCGCCAUACUAUAUUCUUUUUGGGACAUUCGAGGGAGGCUCUGGACGAAUACGAACACAGUAAAAAAAAUUGCUAUGAUAUCUAUCCUAUUUUAACCUAAAAAUUAUUCAAUGGGCACAUAGAACCCUUGGCUUGGUUGAUUGCAAUCCAAGUCCAAGGAGCUCGUCACUUUUCUGAAGACUUUUCAACUUAAUUCUUAUCGAAUGUGUCAAAUUGUUAACGAUAUCUUAAUUGUUUUCCCUAAUUUAACUUAAUUGCAAUGGCUGGCCGGAAAAGGGUGAUUCUUUCCUUUAAAAAGUGUGUUUCCUAAGAGCAUGAUCAAAAAGAUUAACAAAUAUGUUUAAGAUCUAAGAAAUGUAAUUGUGAUCAGCCACAGAAAGUGACAAUACAUAUUUUAAAAACUUAUAGAAUGUGUUAAGAGUUUCUUAUAUCAAAAUCUUUCUAUGUAAAACUAAAAACCCAACAAUGGCUAGGAAAAUUCACUUUUCAAAUUAAACGCUACACAUUUGUCUAUCUA